GUACUCUAGUCGUAGAUAUUUUUUUAGAUUACUCAAAACGGGUCCUUGUCUUAAUCUAGCUAAUCAAAUCAAUCCCCACAGGCCCACCACAUUGACAAGAUAUUUUUUGAAUAACGCGCGCAAAGUUAAAGCCACACAUUUUUUCGUCUCGCUCUGCCCUUUUCAUUCAGGUCAUCCGCUCACUUCCCGUCAGCAACCAACGAUCCCAUCUCCACCGCGUCUCUCGUCCCCUUGAACUGUAGUAGCAGUUUGAACUCUGUCAUCAGAAGAUGUGACACCAAACUCCCUUUUGCUCGGCAAGCAUCUUCUGAACAAGGCUUCUUUAUGAGGCAGGCUUCCACCGACCAGCCUGUACCUCAAACUGGCGGCAUCAGUUUGAAGACCUCUGUCAUUAGAAGAGGUGACAACAGACUCUAUUUUGCUCGGCAAGCUUCCUCUGCUCAGGGUCUUUUCAUGAGGCUGGCUUCCACUGAUCAGAGGACCAUACCACAGGACGCUGCAUCUACCAAGUCCUUUGCGAUCCCUUCUUCUACGGAACAGCCUUUGCUUUCCAGACCUGAGUACGCCCCACCACAGUUAGCCCUGACCUUCCCAAGGACUGUUUGGUCUCCAAGAUCGAAUGUUGCAGAAUAUGAACAUAACUAUGUUAUGGCAGUAGAGUUACCAGGGGGCAGUAUCAAUGAUAUAAGAGUGGAGGUCGACAACUUAAAAUACUCACCGUGCUACCACUGCAGCUUGAUUGUGACAGGGAGACGCACAGCUGUCUGUCAAAAAGUUGAUGCAGGCACCAAAGGUUCAAUCUGCGGAUAUCACAAGCAACGAAUACUACAAGACCCAUUCAAAGUUUCCUGGCCACUUCCCAUCAAUGUGAACAAGGAUAACGUUUCUGCUGAAUUUAUGGAUGGGCUUCUGAGAAUAGUUAUUCCAAUGCUUUGAGUGAUCACUAUACGUAAACGGUAAACAGUGUGUGUAUAAAAUUGUGUGGAAGAAGAGAAAGAAAAAGCAAAAACUAUGGAGUGAUAUGUAAAAUAGUAUGGUGUUUCUUUAUUUAUACAGAUUUCAGACAGGCAUGCUCAGUUAAUAGAGUUAGCCAUGAAAACAAUCCAUAAGUAUGUAAGAAAUAAAAUAAGGCUUUGAUAUUA